AGUCGGAAAAUUUUCUAGGCGCCAUCUUGAAGCGGCGAAGACGCGGUAGCUUCAGUUUUCUGGCUCCGGUGAUUGGCUGCAACGUGGUAAAUAUUGACGGUUUUGGAUUCCCGGGAUGGCAAUGACAAACAGAAACCUGAGGCAGGUGCGCAUAGAAAAGAAUAACAAUGGGAAUAACGGCGGUGAACUGAUGUCGCCGCCUCAGCAGCAGUUGGUACAUUCGAACAAGAAUAAGCACAGCCUGGACCUCUCCGAAGGGGAUCCUUCUCUCAUGCCACCCAAGAUAGAAGACGGCGAGGAAGAGAAAGCGGUGACCAUUGAUAUCAAAAGCCUCCUGAAGCCAGGAGAGAAGAGCUACACUCAGCGCUGCCGUCUGUUCGUGGGGAACCUGCCCACCGAUAUCACAGAGGAGGACUUCAAAAAGCUGUUUGAUAAAUAUGGCGAGCCCAGCGAGGUUUUUAUCAAUAGGGACCGGGGUUUCGGCUUUAUCCGUCUGGAAUCAAGAACACUUGCGGAAAUUGCCAAAGCCGAGCUUGAUGGUAUGAUCCUCAAAAAUAGACCCCUGCGCAUUCGUUUUGCUACUCAUGGAGCCGCAUUAAGUGUCCGAAACCUCUCUGCUGUGGUUUCAAAUGAACUCCUUGAAGAAGCUUUCUCCAUUUUUGGUCCUGUAGAGAGAGCUGUGGUUAUUGUGGAUGACCGUGGCAGACCAACGGGCAAAGGCUUUGUAGAAUUUGCAGCAAAACCCCCAGCUCGGAAGGCUUUGGAGAGGUGCACAGAAGGAGCAUUCCUAUUGACCACAACGCCACGGCCGGUCAUUGUUGAACCAAUGGAGCAGUUCGACGAUGAAGAUGGUUUACCAGAAAAAUUCAUGCAGAAGACUCAGCAGUAUCUUAAGGAAAGGGAGGAACCUCCACGGUUUGCUCAGCCUGGUACAUUUGAGUUUGAAUAUUCUUCUCGAUGGAAGGCGCUGGAUGAAAUGGAGAAACAGCAGAGAGAGCAGGUGGACCGAAACAUCAGGGAAGCUAAAGAGAAGCUGGAGGCAGAAAUGGAAGCUGCCAGACACGAACAUCAGCUCAUGCUCAUGAGGCAAGAUCUUAUGCGCAGGCAAGAAGAGCUUCGAAGACUCGAAGAGUUAAGAAAUCAGGAGCUCCAAAAACGCAAGCAAUAUCACAUGAGACAUGAAGAAGAGCAAAGGCGACGUGAAGAAGAGCUUAUCCGCCAUCGUGACCCUGAGGGAUUCAAGUCUGGCUACAUGGAUGCCAGAGAACAGGAUAUGAGAAUGGGUGAUAUGGGCGUCCGUGGAUCAAUAAGCAUGGGAGAUACCUAUAGCCCAGCACCUGCUGGUAGCCAAGGUCCUCCUCCCAUGAUGGGGAUGAAUAUGAACAGCAGAACGACAAUGCCUGGCCCUUCUAUGGGUUCUGGUGCCGCGAUACCUACUGAGGGAACGGCCAGCCUGGGAGCAACAAUGAUGCCAGAUGAUGGAUCAGUGCGCAAUGAUAGAUUUCCACAAGCAUCUCCAUCACAGAUGGGCUCCCCCAUGGUUAACAGAGCAGGAACUGAAGCUGCUCCGCCAGCAAUGGGUGGUGUAAAUGCUGUUGGUGGUGGUGGACCUGGUGGCUUUGGUAGAGGAAAUCAAGGGGGAAAUUUUGAAGCAUCUAACAAACGACGCCGUUAUUAGUACAUCAUUCCAUACUGUUCAGAAAAAGGUUCCACGAAUUCCGUUGGAAUGCCGUUUUUUUUUUUUUUUAUUUUAAAGUGUUAUACAAGACCACCCUUUUGACAUACAUGUAGUAUUUGUAGAUUUUUUUAUGUACCCUCAUACUUUUUAUGUUCUGGUCAAUAAUGUGAUAUUAACAUAAUUCAUUGUGAUAGUUGAAUGUGACUUUGAUCUAAACUAUAUAAAUACAUAUAUCUAUCUGUGAUGGUGUGUUGCAUAAAAAUGUGUUGACAAAAAAGCAAAGCUACAUGUUGAAUGGUCUAAUAAACUACAUUUUAAAAGUAGAAAUUAAAUCUGAAGCCCAAAUAAAGCAAGGGGCUGUAUUUUAA